UAAACAUCAAUCUUUUUCAAUCCUUCGCAGAAGCGAGUACUGGUGUACCAGCAGCGCUACAAUUUCUAGUAUCAAAUAUGAAAGUGUUCAUCGUAGUGUCAUCUUUGUUGGCAGUGGCUGUUGCUGCGCCACACCUAGUAACAUACGCUGCCAUUCCUGCCCCUACAUAUAUUGCAGCGGCCCCCGCGGAAGUCACCAAUCAAUUUCACGCCCAGGAUGAACUAGGACAAUACUCAUAUGGAUAUAGUGGAGGACUGUCAGCGAAAACGGAAACUAAGUCUCUGGAUGGCGUUACUCGUGGAUCGUACACCUUCCUGGAUGCUGAAAACAAAGUGCAGACCGUUAGCUAUACCGCUGAUGCUGUUAAUGGAUUCCGUGCCGAAGCUAGCAAUAUGCCAGUAGCGCCCGUUGAAACUCAUACAGCUCCAGAACCAGUACAGGAUACUCCUGAGGUCGCCCAAGCCAAGUCCGAACAUUUAGCUGCAGUUGAGGAAGUGAAGGCACGUAAUGCUGCUGCACCAGCUGAAGAGCCAGUCGUUGUGAAUGCUGCUCCAAUUGCUGCAAUUUCUCCAGUUUCUACCUAUAGUGCCACAAUUCCAACCGUCGCUUUGGCAACACCAGCAUCGAGAUUUGCAUAUUCUACUUCCACUGUCGCGCUAAAGCCUCAACAACAGCUAGCCUAUACCACUUACGCUGCUCCAGUUCCCGUUUCCGCCCCAGCUUCAUUCGCCUAUUCUACGUACACCCAGACGAUCCCUACCGCAGUUCAAUAUAGUGCAGCUCCGGUUGCAACUUACGCCGUUAACGCUCCAGGUUACGCUUAUGCUUAUAACACUCCCGCUUACUACACAACUGCCAAUGUAGCUCCCGUAGUGCUAAAUGCCCGUUCGGCUCCGGUUAUUUUGCCAGGACCAGUUCAGGAUACCCCGGAAGUCGCCCAGGCCAAGGCCGAACAUCUGCAAGCCGUUGCCGAAGUUAAAGCACGUAACCUGCAGUGAAGCAAAUACGCCGUACCGCAGUCAUAACAGGUCAGAACUAUGCCGAAACUAAGACAGUAUUGCCCUACCGGAAACUAGUUCUUUGGAUAACAAUGCGUUUGUAUAAAUGUAUACAGGUUCAAGAAAUGAAAAAAAACGUAGAUUAAUAAAAUGAAGAAUUGAUGCAAUCGUUUCAAAAACGUCACUGUGCUGAAAUGUACAAAUAAACUAAAAUGUAAUCUGCUUA